AUGAAGUCUCUGGUAGUAAUUCUGAUUGUAGCCUACAUCCCGGUGGUUUUCUCUAGUGAGUAUGAUCGCCUUGUAGUGUUUUACUUGUUCACAUUACUGUGAUCUUUGUUUUUCGUUCCGUGUUGAUCUUCUUAAGCAGGUUUUGUCGACGCAAUGAGGCUAACGCUCCCUAAUUCUCUUCUUUGUAAACAACGCCCCAUUAGGAGACCCAGAAAUCGUGUAAUCCUACCAUUCUUUGAUAGGAUUAUCAGUAUUUUUGCCCUGUGGAACAUGACACAGUAGUCAGAAAACCAGAAACUCUUCGCAGGGCUAGGGUGGUCGAUAGCUCUUUUUCAGAAAUUUAAAAAUUGAUGUUUGGAGCUGGGUGUUUCGGAGUUUUGGGUUUCCAAAACAUGGACGGGCCUCUGUACAGUUGAAUAGCACAGUACCUUAGCAUAACACUGCUUGGAACUCCUUUCCAAGAAGUCAUGUCAUUUUUUCCAUUUAACUAAUACGAGUGAGACAUAUCUUAAAGCAAUUUACUCAGUUUAUUAAUUUUCAUGCUCAAAACUACCCAAUUUUCUAACUUAUUCCUCCCAGACUACUAUUGGAAGACACGAUUCUAGCCAAUUCUUUACCGCUUUUGUUCAUGUUAACCCCUUUCGCAAUGUAAACCAACAAGCCGGAAUCUUACAAGGCUGUUUCUUGUCAAAGUAAGACAUCAAGCAAGCGCCUCCCUGAAAAAACGACAAUAAACGCCACCUGACCGCGGACUUGGCAUUCAGUAGCAUGCUACGGCGGUUUUGUAGUUAAAACUGAUAUUGAUACUUAAAGAUACCAGUAGAAAACAGCUUUUUAAAAAUGGAAUACUUUGCUUUCGCGAAACCAGAAGAUCGCAGCCGGUAUGAUAGCCAACCAUAUGUACUUUGGUAAGGCUAAACGUUUAACUUAAAUUAUAUGGCCACAAUUCUAGGAUCAUUUUUGCCUUGUUUUCGAGUUACCGGAGAGUUUUGUUCUGAUAGACGGACACGGCUGAGGAAAAAUCGGGUCGCCAUGGCAAUGCAAAAUGAAACUUAUUUGUCUUACAUUUCAGUCCAUCCAAUUCCCAGAUUUCCUCUUCCAGGCUCAACCCUUAAUGCUGCAAAAUUGAGUCUGCAACUUAUUACAUGAAGUAAAUAAAAAGAACUUCGACUCUCUUCUAUUGUCAUGGACCCUCACCCUAUAACUGUAUGGAUGGAAAACGUUUAAAAAAGAAACUUGACGAAAGAAAAUAUUUGUUCUUCCUAAAAGCUUGGCUUUAAAGAAUAACCAGCAUACUUUAAAAUAUGUUUGAUGGAUAGAAGUAAGCUAAUUGAGAGUUCGUCACGCACUAAAUUUAGUACGAACUGAGGAAUCAAAUUAUCAUCGACAGCCGUGGUAAGCGCUAGAUGUCGCGGGCAAGACACUGCACCAGUUUCCGCAGUUUACUUUAAUUAUUUUAACACUUUUUUUUCAGGGAUGCUUCCUCUCUUCGCAAAUCUUCAACGGUAUUACCCCGGCAACGUAGAUUAUGGAGGAGCGUACAGUGACUAUGACGUGUUCAAGGCGGUCAAUCUCUCCUCUCGCACUCACAACAACGACUCCUGUAUACUGCGCAUGAGCGUGGCACUUAACUUGAACCGAGGACACCAAGUGCUAAAAAAGUACAACGGAAGUGCAAAGGGCAGUGGUGGCAUAUAUUACUUCUACGACAGAAACGCGUUCUUGAACUACCUUGAUUUGAUGUAUGGAUAUCCCCUGUGGUCGAAUACUACUGAAGCGUUUAGGUACCAACAGGGAAUAAUGUUUGUUAAUGUCACUGGUGAAGAGAAGUCGAAAGAUGUUUGUAGCGUUCUGCUAUGGAAUGGCAUGAGUUUUCAUCAAGGAAAAGGCCUUCUGCAUCACUAUCGUAUUGAUAAGGUGUAUUUGUGGCCUGCUCAGACAGGUGAGCCCGUCUUGGAACAACUUUCUUUUGUUGCUUUACUCAACGUUUAUGGAAGAAGAUCGAGUCCUUAUGUAAUUCUGCCUUGUACUUAGAUGUCCCUCCAACUAUUUAACAAAUAGAGUACUUUAUAGGCAGCCAAAUGUGAAGUGGUAUCAGCCUAUAUUUGUUCUUUCCAGGUGGUUGUAAAAUCGAUGUAAAUCUGAAGCAGAGUACAUGUUUUCCAUCCUCUUCUAAAGUUGAGCUCAAAUCUGGAAAAAAGAUUGCCAUGAAUGAGCUUGCAAUUGGUGACUUGGUGAAAACUUACUCUAAGGAUGGGGAGGUCCUGUUUAGUCCUGUAGUUACGUUUCUGGAUCAAAUGCCGAACUAUAGAGGUAACGUACACAAAUCGUAGCCUUAACUUUGAGUUUUUAGAAUUGCUUAUCAACCCCGGCUUUUCCAAUUUGGGUUGAUUUGUUUUCAUUUAUCAGAAAGGCAUACGUUCUGUUCAUUUAUACGGUACGUACGAGAAUUGGGAAAUGACCUUAUUUAUAAUCCGCAAAAAUGGCGUUAACUUUCCAUUGUUUGGGCGGCAUAAAACUUUGUAAGUUAUGGACGCAGAUGUUCUUUUCAAAGCUCCUCUAAGCCACAACCGUUCGCUUCUUUUAAUUACCUACCUUGCCUAUGCUUUUGUAGGAGAUUUCUACACAAUCACGACCAUCUUCAAUGUUCAAGUAACCCUCAGCGAAGCUCACCUUCUUUUUACCAGCUGUCCCCUGUCGGAUGGGCGGCUCACGAAUCACUCCACGCAUGCGUCCAGAGUCAGACCCGGUGACUACAUUCUGGUUAAUACUCGAUGGGGACUCAUUCCCAUGAUGGUAGAGUCUGUUUCGGUAGCUGAAAGAAAGGGGGCUUUUGCGCCUGUUACCCAAGAAGGGACUAUGGUUGUGGACGGCAUUUGGGUGUCUUGUUAUGCUGAUAUCGCUGAUCAUAACUUGGCCGAUUCUUUAAUGACACCUUUGAAGAGGUUUUACAACUUGGCCCCUCAUGUGCUAGGUACAGGAGGCAAGUACGUACACGGUUACUUGAAAGACAGUCUUCGUCAUGUUGGUGUUAAGAUCUUCGGAAAAGAGAAGUUCUAUCAGCAGGCCCCAAAGGAGAGAGUUUUGAGUGGGAAAGAGACAUCCUUGGAGUCUCUCUUUAUCAGGAAAGACAAAAAUAAGUGAUUUGUUUUAAAGCCAACUAUUGGAGGGGAGGAAAAUCCUCAUACUAAGUUAACUUUCAUGCCGCGUAGCCUACGAUUCCGGCUUAGUUUCUGAUACAGCAUUGGUCUUUUUUUAAUUUUUUUUUUUUUUUUAUAUGUAUAUAUACGUUGUUUAACUCUUGUUCAGAAAAUAACAAAAAUGGAGGAACAGGAAGUUUAAGUAGAGAGAAACAAACUCAUAAACCUUAGUGAUCAAUCAUGUUUUUUAUUUGCCUUGUAAGAAAUUAUUUCAGCGUAAUCAAGUGACGUUUCAGUAUGACAUCAUUUGUUUGAGUACGACUGAGAAUUUAUUUCCUUUCUUGUUGAAAUUUAGAAAUCUCAGUGAUGUUGAAAUAUCAAACACUCUAAUUUGAAAAAAUAUAUAUGUAUUCAGUACUCUAACAAGCAGAAAUAAAUAAAAAACCAAUGGGCCAUUUCUGAGUUGCCCGAAGUAUCUAUCUCGACGCGAGGCUAAGUACAAAGCCAUUGAAAUGAAAAUGAACUUUAUUCUCACGCAAAUAAAACUCUUUUUCAUAGGAAAGGUUUUGCGCUCAGUCUUGUUUCAAAAGUGAGAGUUUUACGAAUUUGAAAUGGUUGUGACUAGAAUGGACACCUCAAAAUCAGGUUUGACACCUUAUGUUUAUUACACAACAUUAUACUCUACACCACGCUAUACUACAAUUAGGCGAAUAUGCUGGGCACGAGAACUUUUAGAAAAGUGGGGAAAUCAUAGUAAGAGACAGUUGUGCGACGAAAAUAGUUGAAUACAGGGUUUAGCACCAAAGUAAAGUGAUUAGGGUGAAGCACUGUUUUAAAAACAGUUAGCUUUGAAUGAUGUAAUGAUCAACGCCAUGUAAAGUACGUUAAAAUUAACCGGUCUCGACAGUUAGCCCUUGAUGGUGUAGUGGAUAUGGAUAUGGAUUAUA